UUAACUCGAACUGACACUGGUUCGACGACGAUCCGGCGAACAACAGUGGGAAAAACCCUGUUUUUAGUGAAAUUUCAGGUGAACUGAAGGGGUUGGCUGCAAAUCCUCAAUUUUGUUACCUUGGAAAGUGUCAUUUGACAUCAUCAUUGAGUAUCCAGCAGAGAGCCUUGAUCAAAUGGAUUCAGAUUCUGUGAAGAUGGAGACAGAUGAUGAUGACUCAUCACUUGAGGAGGAGGAAGAGGAGGAGGGAGAGGAGUGUGAACCCAAACAGGAAGUCUGGGUUCAAAGUUCAUCAGAUUCUAAAAAUUACAAACCAGUUCAUCUGAACAUCUCCUACCAAAUGGGUAGUCAGGACUCUGCCACUCACUCCGGUAAUGGGCAACAAGCAAAGAGGAACAAAGGCAGCGACCCGACUGCGUUGGCUGUCCUGCGAAGACUCACUCCAGAGUUACAGCAAGGGUAUAGAAUCCUGAUAGAUCUGAUGGGUGACCGUUGCAAGAGUUUCUCUUGGCCUUUCAUGGACAAGGUCGAUCCGGUGCUUCUCAAACUCCCUGACUACUAUGACAGGAUCAAGACACCGAUGUGGCUCACUAGGAUUGAAGAAAAAUUUGAGGAUAUGGAAUACACAUCGAUCACUGAGUUUGUUGCUGAUGUUCGUCAGAUUCUUGAGAAUUGUUAUCGCUAUAACGGACUGAAGCAUUCUGUGUCCAGACAAGCUCAGAUGAUGGAAUGCCAUUUUGAACAGAAGCUGUCCCAGCUCUCGAGGCAUAUUAAGGACAAGACUAAUUUCCAUGUGACCAGUGGCCCACAACUUACAGAGCCAGAAACAUCUUCAAGCUCUAUGUUUGGACGCAGAGUCAGCCAGAGGAUUCUGGAAAGUAAAUCCUCCCUGACACCCGUCGCAGACGCCAUGGUGAAGCAACUAGAGAGAGAAGAGGAGGAGAGAAGGAAACAGAGGAUUAUAGAAAGGAAAGCAGAGCUGGAAAGACUGAACAAGCGACUCUUAGAAUGGGAGAAAACAGAACUGUUGGUUGAGCCGCUUGCAACCCAGCUCAAAUCCAUGUGGGAGAUUCCAGCCAUCGGACAGUUCCUCAAGCUGUGCUGCGAGAACAUGUACUUGCCAGAGUUCUCCAUCUUUGAACUAGAGAGGGCGCUUAUCCUCCCGCAAUCCAGCAAACUCCUAGCACGUAUCUUCACCAAUAUUCUUACCACGAGGUACCACCGGAAACGGGUGUCGAAGAAACCCCCAAUGCCGUAUGAAUUCUGGCAGGACAAGCUACGCAAGAACCUUGAUGUCUGGUAUGCCUUUCUAAGCGUUGAGACUGCUACACGACAAAGUGUUGCCCGUCAUCUGUACAUCUCUGAGCGUUUCUUUGAAGUGCUUGGGGAUGUGAACCCCCUGACUGGUCGUCAGUAUCAUGAUCUAUCCAUCUAUGAGAGAGUCUGGAUAUUGAAGGGCAUGUGUGAUCAUCUAUUUGAAACGGACUAUGAUGUAUGGUUUGGUGUGGAUACCAGCACAAUAGAGGAUCAGCGCGUUGUGAUGCUGGGGGAGGAUGAUGACAAGGCCAGCUAUCUCUACUUCCCUCAUUUCUUGUCGACUGAUCUUAGGAUCUAUCGUCAGGCUCAAAUCAGAGAAGAAAAACCAAAGAAAAAGAAAGCGGAAAAGGAAGCAAAGAGCCCUUCAAAGAAGGCAAAGAAAGAAGCUGAAAGCGCUUCUGAGGUCGAGGAGGGGCCCAAGAAGAGAGGCAGGCCCAGGAAAAACGCAGAACCCGACGAGAAGUCGCCCAAGAAGGCCGCCAAGACGCCCGCAACCCCUGCCAGCGCCGGGCCGAAGAAGCGGGGCAGACCUAGGAAGGAUGCAGGAGAGACGAGUGAGUCAGAGACUACUACCAGUAAAGGGAAGGAGACUGGUGGUGAAGCCAAGACCCCAUCUCAGGCUACUCCUGGUGUUAAGGCAGGGAGAGGUAGACCUAGGAAGGAUGGUUCCACUCCAGCUCAGGCUGCUAAGAAGACGCCUGCUAAGCCAAUGGCAAUCGUAACACCAACAAGGCGUUCAAGUCGGCGAUCAGCAAGAUUAGACAAACCUGAGCUUGAGGAGCAGGAUGAAAAGAGCCAAAAUGGUGGUGACAACGAAGAUGUUACAGAUGCUGCCUGUGACUCACAGAACAAUGGAACAAACGUUGAAGAUAAGGACCAAAAAUCUGAUAGGACAGUAUGCACUGAUGGACCUCAGUCGUCAUCCGUGUGUGAUGACAGUCUGGAUAGAACAGAAAAUGAAGCAGGGACUCUAUCUCGGGAGAUAGAAGAGGGCGCAGAUAACUUGGACAAUAAACACCUUGAAACAAUAUCAACUAAAGACAUUGACAAUGUUGUUGAUGGUUUACCUGGGAGUGAUGAGGGAAGGACUCAGAAAAGUGGUGUACAGGGAGGGGAAGCCCGUAGUACGGUAGAAGGGGAUUCCCCAAAUUCAGCGGGAGGGAAAUCCCCUUCCGAGAAUGUAUUAUGUAAUGGUGUAAUGGAGGUGGAUGAUAGCAGUCAUGAAACACAUUCCAAUGAUGCCCCAAGGGGCCCCAAAGAUGAUGGUGCAGGUCAUUCUGGUGACCUUACUAAACCAACGGAGGAGAUAACCAAUGGACCGGAUGCCCAAGUUUCACCAGAUACUGUUCAAACCAAGGGUGAGUCGGUGGAUGAGACUCACCAGUUGGAAAACGGCAGUUCAGCUAAUGGAAUGAGUACCCUCAAUCAGAACCAGUCUAAUAAUGUUAUGGACAUUGACCACAAGGUUGCCCAGCUUUCUGAAAAUGACAUCAGCAAGGACCCAUGCAGCAAUGGCAUGGACAUUGUGGAUAAUGUCAUUAAUGACUGCGUAAACAAUUCUAAGUCUGUAGAUACUGAAGCAACAAGUAUUAAAAGCAACAAUCUGUGUCAGGAGGAUUGUUCAGUGGACAAAGAUGUAGGUGCCCAGGAUGGACAAACACCGCAAGAACGCUCUGAGAAGGAUUCAGCGGAUGCAGCAAAUGGCCCAUCUGUAGCUGAAGGUGAAGCUCUGCCAGAGGUUAAGGCAGAGGUGGCUGUCAAGGACGAAACAAUGGAGGUGGUGGAAGGUGACCUGAAGGGGAAUGAUCUGAAGCAGGGUGACCUGAAGCAGGAUGAUCUGGAGCAGGAUGACGUGAAGCCGGAUGGUGAGGUCAUGGAGAGAAUCCCAACCCCUCCUCCCCCGCAACCUUUACCGGGUAUCCUCCCGCCGGAGGGAGAAUUCGAGAUGGUGUGCGACAGUCUGGAAACCUUCAGGGUCCUGGUUGAGAAGUUUGCCCAGAAGGAUGAGACUAUCACCAAAGGACGAAAGACGAUUGUCCAACCUAUCAAGAGAUCCGGUCGAACCACUGACCUCCACAGGACACUCGCCAAGAUGCUGGAAGACUUGGAACCAAUCGAAGCCAAGCUGCAGAAGGUUGUCCACAAGGCCAGAGAGGUGGUGUACAACGAGCAGGAGGCCUACAAGAAGGAUCCUAGUCCUGACCAGGAGGCAGCAGCUUACUGGUACCAGCUUCACGUCAAGAAGCCAUCAGAAGCAGUAGAGACGUCCUCAAUAGCGGCAAGCAGCAUUGAUGAUGACUUCUCCAGUUCGGAAAGCAGCUCUGAACUUGACAGUGAUGAGCUUAGCGAUCAGGAGAGUGAUGAUGACACAGCAGAGUAUGAUAACAGUGAUGCCGAUUAUGAAGCGUCUGUAUCCAGAGGUCCAACCCCCAGUGUUGAGGUCAAUGGGUCGGAAGGAUCUGAAAGUCUUGGAGGGAAGGUUGAUCUGUACUCUGGUGUUGAGAUUGCGGGAAGGACCAUGAGGUCCUCAAAGCGUAGGAGAGCUCAGAAGAGGGAGGAUAUAAGGGACCGGAAGAAAGCCAAGCGAUCUAAAAUCCAGAUCGUCAAAGGCGUUCCUCUUCAAGGUAGAUAUGCGCAACGUGGUGAAGUUGAGGAGACGGAUGAGACCAAGCUCAAGAAGGUUCAUGAGGAACUCAAGGAGAAAUUGAAGGCAGGUUCUACGUUUCAAAUGACAAAGAAUAUGGUCCCAGGAGCAGCGCAGAGGAACUUUCCGCCCUAUAAAAAGAAUGAGAGUUACAGCCGUCCAUCUGCUCCUAAGAAGAAGGCAACUCCAGUAUUCCAACGGGAUACAAGUGACAAGUUCAUCAGAAUCCUGAAGCGUACUGCAGGAGCUAGCGAAGCUGCUGCAGUAUCUCCAAUCCCUAAACUGACCAAGCAGUCACCAAAAGAACCAACUUUGAAAGUUCCAUUUCUACAGAAAACCAAGGCUACCGUUCAGCCUACUACUGAUGCACCAGUUGCAGAUAAGAAAACAAAGACAGAGACAUUUUCGUUCACCAUUGACGCUAAAGUUUGGGAGUCUCUGAAGGACAAGCCAGAAGAGCGUCAAAGACUAAUUGUAGAGCAUGUUGAAAAGAUGAGGGGUGCCAGUGGACAAAAGAAGGAAAUGCCUCAGAAAGUUCAGAACUAUAGGAAUACACCAUGGUUCUCAAACAAGGGCAGUGGUUCAAGCAAGUCUACCAGCUCAGCAGGUGGGUCAGCUGAGGAAUUCAGCCUAUCUCUUCCUGAGACACCAGAAAAGAGAUUGCAUGUGGCCAUUGGGAAUGCCAGCCAGGGGCAGACAGGAAGUCCUGUCGUCAAGCAGACGCACACUCCAGGCAUUCCAGACAGCAUGCCCAUCCUAGAUCCAAUUGGUAGUCACAAGGGAUCAGUGCUUCAAAACACCAACAUGCCUACCCUAGCACCGGCGGUUUCACAGAAGAUUGUUCAGUCUAACAUCUUAGGUAGUCCAGGAAGUGUCUCUGUGCCACAACAGGCAUUGGCUCAAACCCAAGGACUUCUGCAGCCAAGAUCGGGAAAUCAACCUACUGCAAUAGCAUCCUCAGGAAAUAAUAGCAUCAUCCAAUCAAAUGCUGUUGGAACCAAUUUCCCAGGAGGAACAGGUACCAAGGGUAUGAAACCUCAGGCGACUAUCAUUUCCCUCUCACCCAAGCAACAAGGGGUUCAACAGCUUGUCUCACCGACAGCGCAAGAUAUUAAGGGAGUUCCAAAUAUUGUGGCGCAACUGACUGCAGGUGCUUCAAGUACCGGCGCCGAGAAAACCGUAGUUCUGCCGACCAACUUGAAAGUCAAUAUGCAAAACAAGCAAUAUAAGAUUCUGUACGUGCAGAAGCCUGGUGCGUCUAAACCUGAAUUGUGUCUUCAACCAUGCAACACAGAUGGUUCAACUGCACUGAGUGGUACCCUUCAAGGUUCGAUGCCUCUGGUAUCUUUGCAGCAGCCUAUUCAACCGAUCCCUGCCGCUACCUCUGGCAGAAAUGUGCAGAUUCAAAUGUUACCACAGGGUGGGAAUAAAAUUGUAAUGCAGGCUGUAGGGGGAACCCCACAAGGACUUAUGGUGCAAAACACUCAACAGCCGCAAGUGGUACAGAAUUUGGUAUCACAGAAUGUUCUACAGGCGCAAGCGUUGCAGAAUGUGGUCCUUCAGAGUCCUGUAGCGGCACCGCAGGUUGUGAAUCCAGCUGCAGGUAGUAAUACCAGUGUAGUUACUAUGAUAUCUACUCCGAUACCACCAGUUCCACCAGUAUCAGUCAUAUCGGCACCUUCAGUCCAAAUGGCACCUUCCAUUCAGGUUCCUUCAGCAGUUAGUCCACUAUUGGUAGCACCGCCAGUGAAUCAGACAACCAUGUUAGCAGGGAGCCCUUCCAAAGCUGCACCAAACCAGAUGGUGCACCUCCUUGAUUCUGGCAUUGUUGGAGCAUCAGGAGCACCGACCAUGGCGCCAGCUGGCGCAUCAUCAUUAAUACCAUCAUUGGCACCACCCAUGCUUUCCCCUGUCACUCAGCAAGUGACACCUUUGGUGCCAUCAGAUAAUGUCAUCUUACAGGCGGCAUCGGCUUCCGGCUUACUUUUACAGGCACCGGAACCGUCAAUGCAACAAAUUGCAGUGAAGGGAUUGUUUGAACCGAGUGGACAGUGAUUGAAAGAAUGUGCAUUGCUUGAGAAAGACAAUUUCUAAUUUGUUUUAUUUCUAAGUGGAGCCCACUGUAAUGUAAUUACCACACACUAAAUUGUCAUAAUGAAUAUUGCAAUUUUUGUAGAAUAUUUUAAUUCUAGGCCACCAUUUCCACUGUUGUGUUGUAGUAAUUUCUGUAAGUUUUUAAUUUCAUGAACCAACUUGUCUCUGAUUCUACUGGACGCAGUUGUUACAAGCUUCUGAAAUCCCUGCAUCAGAUUGGCUGAGAGCAAAUUUAUCAGUGAAUAUUAAUGACAAGGUGCUUCAUGAAAACACUCCUCUACUUGUAAUGGAAAGUCACUGUAAUAACAUGACAAACUGACCAGGGUCAUUUACACGUAACGUUAGUAGUGAUUGGCGUUCAAUUCAGUUUUGUGAUUGAUUGUACAUUAUGGUCAAUGCAAUCAAUCAUAAAAGAUUAUUCUCCGAUCAGUUGCCAAGCCAAGCGUGACGGGACCCAGGGGACAGUUUCACAAACGUUAAGUUGGAUAUAAUAAAGUUGGGUGUCAGCGCCGAAACGCAUAGCAUCUAACUUCCAUAUUGCAUUGGUAGAACAGAGUGUGGACUCCUUGUAGAAGAUGAGCAAGAUGUUUUAUAUUCUUCUACGUAGGUUUAAUGUGACCAAUAGGAUAUUGUAUCAUAUUUGGUGCAACUAAUGGAGCAUUGCAAGGAACUUACCAUCCAGCCCACUAGUCAAUUUUGGGUCCAAAUAUCAAUCGUCAGGCAAUAAAUUGCAAAUUUGAAUCUGUACUUGAUUGGGGGGGGGGGGGUGUUUCACAAAGAUUUAAGGAUGAGCUGGAGCCGCACUUAAGUGCUGACACCUACAUGAUAUGCAGUGCACAAUCUUUUUUAUUAUAAAUAUCAGUAGUGCGCAUCCUCUAGCAUGAUUUGACCAAUUCAGUGAUUGCAGUCAUGCAUUUUAUACCGCACGCAACUAGGCAUUUAAGUGUGAAUCUAAGUCAUACUAAAUCUUUGUGAACCCCUCCCUGGUCUGCUUUUUACAACAUGCAGUAAAAAUCAAUUUGUAUUAGUUACAAUUGGUAUGUCACUUGUAAUAUUUUUAUAGGAAAUUUGCAAUCAAUUUCAAAUACUUUCAUGCAACACCCCUCUAAGGCUUUACUUGCUACUCAAGUCUAGAGUUACUCCCUGUGAAACAGGACCCUUUGGAGUGUUUCACGAAAGGACCUGUCAUACGUUUUAUCUUGCAGUCCCAUUUUAUCUGGCAGUAACCAUAGUAACACUGUUUCUUAGCCAAUCAACAUCAGGUAAAGUUGUCAGAUCUGACAAUUUGUUGGACAAAAAUGUUGAUGAAAGUCUCCCCCGGUUUUCCUCUUUGCAGUUAAACUGCAAUUCCAUUCUAUGUACAAUAUGCGCUACCGAAGUGGUGAAAGUCAAGGUUCCCAGUUCCAUAAAGACUUGUAAUAGUAUCAAAUGCACAAUUUCUGUAGCAAGUUUAAUAUCGGCCAAUCAGAUUGAAGGUUUCAGUAGCUUUUAACUGUUAUUGCAAAUUUGUUAUUAUAACAAGUUCUAUGAAACGGGGACCUAGAAUAAUAUUUUUUGUAUGAAACCGUCUUACAUUGAUAAUCAUGUACCUGGGUACCUAUUGCCUUGAAGUAGUAGUAUGUAGUAGUAGAAGUAUACUAUAUUUAUUGUAGACGAGAUAAUGCUGGAAGCAUUUCGUGACAAAACAAAAGCCCAUAUUCUGAAGUCGGGCUUAACUUAAACUCAGGUUUAAAGUUGUGGUUUAAGUAUGGAUAGCCAAUUGUUACAUAAAUUACUAACAGUAGAGAUAUACUUCAUCUCAUUUGGCUAUCAAACCAUUCAUAAUUGUGUAGGAUAUAUAUGAUUGUCUUCACCAUCAAUGAAUCAGGAAUGGGCACAGUAAUAAUAAGGAACAUACAACUUCAAAAAAUUGACACAUUUGGCUUCCCAUAAUUUUGGAACAGAGUUAGACCAUGGUCUAAGUUAAACCUGACUUCAGAAUACGGGCCAUAAUAGAGUUUUAGGAGAAAAUUGACUAUUGAGAAGAUUUGUUGUCAAGGGAUCAUCUUUGUUUGGGAAAGAUUGGGGUCCAGUAACAUGAAGCAUAGUGAUUGAUUGUGUGGCUGAAUUUUAAGAUUGAUCAUACAUUAUAUUGAAUGCAAUCAAUCAUAAACAUUAGCUUUGUGAUUAAUUGCUAAGCUUUAUGUUAUAGGGCCAAGUGUUUUUGAUACUUUUAUUAGCUGGUAUGAAUGAUACAUGUAGAUUUGAACUUAAGUUGUUCCAUUUGGAUGUUUUCCAGAGAAUGCCAGCUCUAAAAAUGAAUUGUUCCUUAGUUUGCAUUGUGUUGCUAUGUCAGUAACCCUAUGCCAAGCUUCAUGUUUUUCUUUAAAAAAUUGUCAUUAUUUAUAAGGACAUGUAUGCAUAAAGUUUGAUGAUGAUUUUGUUUUUAUAUUUUGCUGGAUUUGUUUUUGCAUUGAUGUUUACGUUGAGGAAUGGCAGUACAAUUUUAAGCAUUCCAAUCUGAAGUAAAGAAUGGAUAAUUUAGGCUGAAAAUUGUAUGAUUUAAACAGAGAAG